GGUGAUCCUAAAUUUCUUGAUCAUCGCAUCAGUAAACUCGGUAAACUGUUUUCACCAUCUUAUGGAUGGAAGCAGAGUUUAGAGUCGAUAAUAGGUUUUCUUGAGAACACAAAGGCUAAGUACAAGAGAUAUAAACAAGAAGUUAAAAAGAAGAAGAAAGAAGUUCAAAGGAAGAAUGAAGAAGCUGAAAAUAAGAAGCAAGAAGUUGUAAAGAUUCCUACAUUUGGAGAGUUUGUAAGAAAUUGUUUCAAUGGAUUAAGCGAAGAACUGGAGAAAGAUAUUGUUAAUUUGUACACACAUCUUCCCAAGUCUUUCAUUUCAUCUCAACAUGUGAAGCAAAUUAUCGCAGCCAGUGAAGCUCUUCAAAGCGUUAGAUAUUUCUUGCAAGAGAAUUUUUCCAGAGAUGAUUUCAAGAAGGGAAGUCUCAAAGAUGAUUGCUUCAACAGACUCCUUCAGGCUCUACGUUUACUGCCAAAACGUUUUGAGAUUCCAGACUUGAUGGAAAACGAAGAUAUUAGGAAAUUUUGUCUACAAAACGCCCAUAUAAUCUUCUGCACAGCCUCAGGUGCUGCAGAAAUGAAUGCGGAAAUAACAGGAGAUAUAGAACUGCUUGUUGUUGAUGAGGCAUCUCAGCUUAAAGAAUGUGAAUCAAUUGUUGCAUUGCAGCUUCAGGGACUGGGUCACGCUAUUCUAAUAGGAGAUGAGCGUCAGUUACCAGCAAUGGUGCAGCGAGUAUUUUCUCUGAAUCCCUUGAGAACAAUGCGGCAGAUAUGUGAGAAGGCGAAAUUUGGAAGAAGCUUGUUUGAGAGAUUGGUUCUGCUUGGUCAUGACAAACAUUUGCUUAAUGUUCAGUAUCGAAUGCAUCCUUCGAUAAGCCGUUUCCCUAACAGGGAGUUUUAUAGAGGUUUGAUCAAAGAUGCUUCGAUUGUUCAAGAAAGCAAUCAUCAAAAGAGGUAUCUUAAAGGAAACAUGUUUGGUUCUUUCUCCAUCAUCAAUGUUGGUCGUGGAAAAGAAGAGUUUGGUGAUGGACAUAGUCCCAAGAAUAUGGUUGAAGUUUCUGUGAUUUCUGAAAUCAUAUCCAAUCUUUUCAAAGUUUCAAGUGAGAGAAGGAUGAAGAUGAGCGUUGGAGUUAUUUCAUCAUACAAAGGACAAGUCAGAGCAAUCCAAGAGAGAAUCGGAGAUAAGUACAGUUCCAUAUCAGAUCAGCUUUUCACUUUGAAUGUUCGGUCCGUGGAUGGGUUUCAAGGAGGAGAAGAAGACGGUAUCAUCAUCUCUACCGUUAGAAGUAACGGUAACGGAAAAGUUGGGUUUCUCAGUAAGCGUCAAAGAGCCAACGUGGCACUGACUCGUGCAAGGCACUGUUUAUGGGUAAUUGGGAAUGAGAUGACUUUGGCUCGAAGUGGUUCGAUUUGGGCAAAACUCAUAAGGGACUCGAAGAAGCGUAAAUGCUUCUAUGAUGCUAAAGAUGAUAAGAAUCUAAGAAAUGCCAUGAAUGAUGCUCUGCCCGAUGUUGAGAAUUUUAAUGUGUGUGGAAAGCUGAGAAGUCUGAUCUUGAAGAAGAAGAAA